CCAAGCCACCGACAACAUCCCCACAACCAACAUACUCACAACCAACAUACUCGCAACCAACAUACUCACAACCAACAUACUCACAAUCAACAUACUCACAACCAACAUCCACAACAAACACAAAUCCUAUCCACCACCUCGCCAUACUCUAACAAUACAAUGGAAGCCGGCGUCAACUUCCUUAAAACCUUGCUGACCCGGACUGACGCUAACGCCACCCUCGCCACAGACUCUGUUAAGGGCGUUCAACCUCUCUCGAACGACGAACCCGCAAUGGCGACGAAGGCCUCCAAUCUUCCCGGCGAGAACCAAAAGUCUCUAGAGUCCCUUCUGGCGGAGAAUGCCCGCGGCCUGCCUAAUCAAAUCAAAGAGAAACUGCAGAAAGCUAGCACGGGCUCAAUUCUAAGCCGGAUGCUGAACUUGUUGGUGAAGCAUAAGACAGAAAUCGCAUACACUACUGCUGGUGCACUCGCAAUUAGUGUUCUGGGAUACAUCGCAUCCCAGUACGUGGUUCGACAAGUUCGAAAUGCCCGCAACGAGGGGCGCCAUCUUCAUGAUCGCGAUAUGGCUGAUAUGGAGGACCGUAUCACUCAAGCUCUCGAAGUCAGGUCUAAGAAGCUUGGGAAGACUCUGGCGCACGCAGAGGAUGUCGAAGAUGCUAUUUCGGCUACGAAGGAGGGCAAGCUGGCGAGGCUCGAUACUAGACUGGACAGCAUCGAGGGCGUCGACAGCGGUGCGGUCGCAAAAGAUGAUGCAGAGCGUCCUAUGAGCUCAUGCUCACUUCCCUCUAAGACCUGGAUGGAUGAUUCGUACGAUGCGAAGAACGAGGCAAAUCUCAACGAUACGAAGGACGACAAGAGGGACGACCGCUCGCCACUUGCAAUCGCCAAAGCCGGACAGUCUACGGUGUGCGGACUCGAGCCACCGCACAACAAAGCCAACGAUGGCGCUACCGACAAUGAAGUCUCGCUCGAGCAGGACCUCGAGGGUGGCAAGGGCGAUUCCGCGACGGACAAGUCUUUACUGGAUUCGGAAUGGGAGGUGAUUAUGGAUCAAGACGCGAACGAUUGGGUUGGAGGCGAGUAGUCGGAUUUUGUGCUCGAGCAGUCGGAAUCCUAACCGGGUAUCUAAAUCGUAGCCCUCUCAGUCAGUCACAUUUUCGGUAGGCUCAGUGGAGUUCAUAUAUUCUAUCUUUUCGAGGCAGGCGGGGAGUUCUACAACCUUGAGCUCGCCAUAGGAUGGUAUUCGUUAUUUUCUAGGAGUAUCUUGCUACGUGGUGUCCUUCAAUCGAGUAUUUAUGUGGUCAGAACUCUCCCUUUCUCUCUUAAGCUUAUGUCAUGAGCAUGUCAGUCUAACGAGAGCCAUCAGCGAGGCCACAGUGAACGCACAAUAUGGAAAAGCCCCUAUUAAUAUUCAC